AUGACCCGCGUCGUUAUCAUCGGAGGCGGAGCGGCCGGCAUCAACACGGCGCAAGCUCUGGCCAAGAACCUCACGGAGGCGGACGACACCGAGGUCGUCGUCCUCGAGAAGAACUCCUUCUUCUACCACGUCGUCGGCGCCCCGCGUGCCUACGUGGACGCCGACUACACCGACAAGAUGUUCAUCCCGUACGACAACGCCAUCCCCAAACACUCCGCCAAGUUCGUGCGCAUCGUGCGCGGCGUGGCCACGCGCAUCUCGGCCGAGACGAACCAGGUGUCGUACCACGCGAUCGGCAGCGACGACCGGCAGAGCGAGGCGACGGAGACGCUGCAGUUCGACUACCUGGUGCUGGCCACGGGCAGCUCGUACUCGGUGCCGAUCAAGCCGGACAACCGAGACUUCGCUAGGUUGGCCACGGAAGCCAAGCUGCAGGAGGAGCCGCCAGUUGCCGCGAUGAUCUUGCCCCUGGGUCCGUGCGGAGGCGUAUCACAGCUGCCCGUGUGGGGAGGUGUCGUGUUCGGGGACUGGGUCACCUGGAUGAUCAAGUCGAGAGACUACUUCGCUGGGUACAUCUGGUCCAGCAUCGGUGCGACCGUCCCGAAGUAA